UGAAUUGUUUCGCUCUCAGCGAGACCUCGGCGCGCAGUCCCUUGCGCGGCCAGCCGCAUCCCCCCGGGGUGCUGGCGGCGGGCGGGUGCGCGCCGCGGUCCCGCCCGGCAGCGGGGAGGAAACCUCCAUGCUAGAACAUUGUCACCUCUGAUUCAUCACCCAGCAACAUCUGACACUUCAAAGCCUGGAACGGCUCUCUCUGCUGCCUCACUCUGCCUUGAAUUGACAAGACAACACGUCCUGAACAGACUUUCUCUGCUUACUGAGCCAAGUGAUUUGCUAUGAUGGAUUUUGCAUGGACCUGCACAACACAUGGUCUGCAGAACCUGCUGUAGCUUCAGAAUUGAAUAAACCAAGAAAAUCAAGAUGACAAACGAACCUAUUAAAGAGAUCCUGGGCGCGCCAAAGCAUCCUGAUCCCGUAACCACUGAGAAGAGCAAUAAUAAUGACUGUGUGAUAACCACCAUCCCCCUGGUCAGCGAAUGCCAGCUGACGGCAGCGACGGGGGGAGCAGAGCUCUCCUGCUACCGCUGCACCAUCCCCUUCGGCGUGGUUAUCCUCAUAGCGGGCGUCGUGGUUACUGCUGUGGCAUACAGCUUCAACUCCCAUGGAUCGAUCAUCUCGGUGUUUGGAUUGGUCCUCUUGUCUUCGGGACUCCUUUUGCUGGCUUCUAGCGCAGUGUGCUGGAAAAUUAGGCAGCAAAAUAAGAAAGCAAAGAGGCGAGAGAGUCAGACAGCACUUGUGGCACAUCAGCGAACCCUGUUUGGGUAAAGACAACCGGGAAAAGGUUGGACAGAACAUAGAGCCCUUUUAAAUCAACUUGGCUAUUUAUCAAUAUAUCAAAUUGCAAGAUGUAAUUUAACGUUGGAAAUGAACUGAAAUGAAAAUGGAAUGGAUUAAGAAAGACUCUAAAAACUCUACAAAUGCUCUUAGUAUUUUUUUUACUGCAGACAUAGCGGUAUUUCUUUCCAAGACAGAGGGAAAAUCAUUUUCCUUCAUAUAAAACAGUUUUGUUAUAACUCAGUCCUGAGCAUUCUGCAAGAUGCUGAUCAUGCUGGAAAGGGAACUUGUGAAAACUAAGAAAAUAAUUUUAACUGACUUAAAAUACAAGAGAUCUCUUUAGAUACUGUGACAUUUGAUGACGGGAGAAGUCACGGUGUUUGAAGUGACUACAAGGUUACGGCCAGAUUGCCGGUGAUGACAGAGCAGUGACAAUAGCACAUUGUUGCUCAGAAAAAAGCAAUAACAACCAAGCAAACUGCAGAUUGCUCAAUAAGCUGAUUCUUAGAUUCUAGGUAACCUUUUCUCCCCAGUGAUAUCUGUGGUACUUUCCCCCCAUUUUUUUAAACACACUAAUAUUAAUUUUUUUUUGCUAUUGAAUAGAAAUAAGUAGAAAUGUGUAAUUAUAUUGUCUAACCUAAAUAACGAGGUAUGAGUAUAGCUUCAUACGUGAGACUUUUUUGUAAAUUAAAGUGGUCAAGUUUAGCACUUUCCAUUAUUUUGCUAUAAAAUUAAAAAGUAAAUUUCAUUAAAAUAAUAUUCAAUGCUGCUAGA